CUACAACUGAAACUAUUGACGCAUUGCAUGGCAUGGCUAGCCGACUAUGCGCUGGUAGCAAACACAGCGAUUAUUAGAAGAACUCGACGUCGUCGUAGAAGAAUGAGAAUGGCACCCUAUGCUUGGCGGAUAAAUYGUCCRCAAGAAUCAUGUUUCGAUGUGUACUACAACGAUUUAACGGUCCCAGAUCAAAGCUUCAAAGAACUGUUAAGGGUAAACCGUGCUACUUUUGAUGUAAUUUUGAAUAUUCUCGGCCCCAGAUUAGAUAGACAAAACUCGAUAUUUAGAGAAUGCUUACACCCAAGUAAAGUACUUGCUAUAGGAUUAUAUCGGUUGGCACAUGGGAACUCAUAUGUAAGUAUUGCUCCUUCAUUUUGUGUCGGACGAACAACAGUUAUUGAAGCAGUGCAAGAUGUAGUUAAUGCUCUAUAUGACAUAAGGAAAGAUUACAUAAAACUUCCCGAAACUCUUGCCGAAGUUCAAGCGUCAAUUGCAACAUUUUCCGAUCUCAGUUGUCUACCGAACAUUGUUGGAGCGAUUGAUGGUUCCCAUAUACGAAUUAGAGCUCCAGUGGAAAAUGCAGCUGACUAUUUUAGCCGCUAUCAACAGCAUGACUUUAUCAUUCAAGGCAUUGUAAACWGCAAAAGAUUGUUCAUAGAUUUUGCGUGCGGUUUUCCAGGUAGCAUGCACGAUUCCCGUGUAUGUAGAUGUAGUGAAAUUUAUAGAAAUGCAGAGCAGCGAAACAUUCUUACUGAACCUGUUGUGGAUAUAAAUGGGCAUGAAAUUGGACCGUAUUUAGUGGCAGACAGUGCAUACACCCUAAGUCCCUGGCUUAUUAAGAGCGAAUGUCAGCAAGCGUCAAGCAAAUUCGAAAAUUGGUGGCCACAGUUGAAAAAUCGAUUUYGCUCAAACUUUUAUAUGUGGUAG